GAAGUGCAACCACAGACCACAAUGACAACUACAAGAAACAAAAAAAAAUGAUAUGAUUAGUAGUCUGAUAUCGAUAUAAAUAUUAGGCGUAUAGACAAGCGUAGUCCGCAGUGGGUUCCGCUGGUGUCCACAGACGGCAGUAGCCACUAGAUCUAAAUAAGUUCUCAUAAAUUCUGUUUUUAAUAAUUUUACUUUCUAGACCUAGGCCCUAUUACAGAUCUACUCUGGAUAUCUAGAUCUAAGUCUAAGUCUAGUCUAGUCUUUUGUUUUGUUCUAGAUCUAGUUUAAGUUUUAUUAUAGAGCGUAGAAUCUAGGUUUUAAUUUGCAUUUAAGCCUACAUUGAUUAUUUAUAGUAAUCGCCUGUCAUUGUGGUCUUAAGGAAAACACGUCUUGAAAACAUUUAGCUUUUAUGUGAAAGCCAGACAACUGCAGUAAACCUUCACACAAUGGAGAUGUCGAUUAAAUUAUGUAGAAUGUCCACAUCUUAAAUAAACCAUGAGAAAAGUCGACCCUAGGGUGUACAGGCGAAGAGCUAACAAGAUCAGAGAUGACCUCAAAAAGGAAUUUCGCCUACAUAGAUGUUUGUUCCAUCAUUAUGACGUCAUUGAUUUUGUUGUAUUUGAGUUUGGGAUGAGAGUGACAUACUUGGUCAGCCGUGUGUUGAGUAUGAUACUCAUUCCGCUUCUUCUGGCCAGUAUCUACGACCAAUUUCUAGCCUAUGAAGACACGGCCACGCCCUACUCUGGACUGAUUUACAUGCACAUUUGGCUAUCCUUCUUGUUGGUCAUUUCAGUCCUCUUCGAAGUGGGCGCCCUCUUGUACGCCGCAGUCACGUUGCCAACUUGUGACAUAGUUUGUCAGAGUGCAGUACCUUGGUAUUUCCAAGUGAUGUGGUUUAUGUACAAUGCCAUCUACGUGAACAUCAUGUCUUGUGGUACCAUGUACUCCAUAUUUCAGAUAAAAAGUAAAAUUGGACUACAGUAUUACUACUUCCUAAUGAUAUGCGCCUACGCUGGGAUCCACUGCGGCUCAACUGCCAUUCCUUCAAGGAUGGGCCAUUUGAUGCAUCCUUUCUCUUUAACCCUUCUGCACAUCUUUUUCACGGCCAUCUACCAGUCUGGAGGAGGGACUGACCCCACGGGGGCCCACUACGUCUACGAGAAAAUGGACUGGAACUAUAAAAUUGAAUCCACACUGGUAGCAGUGUUUUGGUGUUUUCUAACUCUAGUCUGCCACAUUGUCUUGGUUUUUUCUUCCUGGACACGACGAAAGAUGUUUAGACAUUUGAGAAAGGGCAAAGAGGCCUUAAUAAACUAUAAUCCUGAUGACGCUUCUUCGGCUUGCUCUGUCGAUCAGGAUGGUGUGUUCCAUGAAAAAGGCGAAUCUCCACGCAUUUGGAUAGAAGAUAUUCCUGGUGAUCCCACCGGUCACAAACGAGUUGUCGUGGACUCGUCCCCACUAAAACGGUCCUACGAACCCAAGCAGUACAUUUAUCAUGAGGUGUAUAGGGACCCAAGUUACCCAGGCGAGAAAAGGAAGAGGCUCAUCUUGGAGCAGGCUCCCUCUCCGCACAGUGGUCGCCGUUACUGUUUCGCCCCGGCUGAUCCUGCAGGUGGACCACCGCCAUACUACCAGGCACCGGACAUUGACCAUCAUCCUAAACAGGAAAAAGGCUACAUCUGUCACCCGGAAGUCUCACCUGACGGCCAAUCAAUGGUUUACACCUGCCGGCCGGAGCAACCCCGCAGACCCGAAUGCUAUCACUGUGCUGAGGAGCGGCGCUGGGACAGGGCAGAAGUUCGCGAGCAGGUAUACGCCAUGAACCCCCAAGAAAGACCACAUUCGUUUGUCUUCUCCCAGAGGCCGACGGAGCGAAGAGAUACACCACAAACCUUCACACUUUGUCAAGGGUUUCAAGAGCCAGAGCCAAUUUUUACCCAGAGGGGUGGAUACGAUGGCGUUCGGCUCAACAGUGUGGACACACAGACCAGCAUGCCGUACUCCAAACAACCGGACAGCGGCGCUGAAGACGACCAAAGUUCUUGCCUAUCUCGAAAGAAGCCUAAAGCCAAAGAGGUUCGAGAUAGUCAGACGUAUACUUUGUCCCAACCGGAAGCUCAAGGAACGCUGAUUUGGUAAUGAAACACUUUCAAAUAGAAAGAGGGUAACUACAUUAAAGAAAGAGAAAAAAUA